CAGGAGGGGAGGGGGUGGGGUGGCCGAGCCAGACCUCGCAGGAUUAAGUCCUUCUGCUGACAGCAUCCAGCCCAAACCCGCCCUUCCACACACUCGCACGCUGUGCUCCAUCCCUGUCCCACGCUCGGAUUCAGCCCAAAUCUGACACCUCGCGCCGCCUGGACACCUCCGAUCCACUCACACACCCCCCCAGAGCCGGUGGUGGUCCCACCUACAGCCACGAGAUGCUGCUCAUGUGGAGAAGCCCCCUCACGCCGGUGGAAAACUACACUGGGGCUUUUGUGUGAGGGAGGGCGAACAUGCGCCGAGACGAAACGGCACCGUGUACUCGGACCAGAAGAAAGAAAUAGCGCUGAAGUGGCGAUUCCUCUAAACCAAAUCUCAAAUCUGAUUGGUCCUGAUGGUUGUAAAGGCCCUCCUGCGCUACCCCUCAGCCAGUGCAUGCAGGAAGGAUGUGAGAGCCAGUCAGAUUGAGGAAUUUCUGUGUUUUGAAGUUUUUAAGGCACAAAUCACUCCCAGUUAGAUGGAGGAGAGAGAGAGGAGCAGGAGUCGCUCCCCACGUAGGGUCCGUCGAGUGGAGCAGGUUGUCGGGAGAUGGCUGCGCCGCUCACGAGACUCCCUCAGCAGGGAGCGUAUUCUGGGGGACAGGAAGUCAAGUCGCUCAGAGGACAGUGGUCAGCAGCAUUUUCCAGUGAAGGAGACAGUGGAGGUGAUCAGAGACGCCGUACUGGACUCACAUGGCUUCACCCUCUCCACACAGCUCCCCCUGCUGGUCAGGGAUGUCACUCCAGGAGGACCAGCAGAUGGUCGUCUCUUACCUGGUGACCAAGUGCUGAAAGUGAAUAACAAAGCCAUAGAGGAUCUGUCUCCGGAACAUGUUGAGAACAUGAUCAGGGAGUGCCAGGAUUCUGUUACCAUGACGAUCCUCAGAAAUAUGCUGAACCCCAAGUCCUCGUUCAUGAGUGCAGAAAAGAGAGCUCGCUUGAGAAGAAAUCCGGUUAAAGUGCGCUUUGCCGAGGAGGUGGUCGUCAACGGACACACUCAGGGAAACUCUCUUCUCUUCCUGCCCAAUGUGCUGAAGGUCUACCUGGAGAACGGGCAGACCAAAGCCUUUAAAUUUGAUAAGACCACAACCGUCAAGGAUAUCGUGCUGACUCUGAAAGACAAGCUGUCGAUUCGCUCUAUUGAGCAUUUCUCUUUGGUGCUAGAACAGCAGUAUAGCAUCACCAAACUCCUAUUACUGCACGAAGACGAGCUCAUACAAAAGGUGGUGCAGAAGAAGGACUCUCAUGAUUAUAGAUGUCUGUUCCGAGUGUGUUUCAUCCCUAGGGACCCUGUGGAUCUGCUACAUGAUGACCCAGUUGCCUUUGAAUACCUCUUCCAUCAGAGUGUAGGUGAUGUGCUGCAGGAGCGCUUUGCAGUAGAGAUGAAGUGUAACACUGCUUUAAGGCUAGCAGCGCUGCAUAUGCAUGAAAGAAUGGCCAGCUGUGGGCAAACUACCAGAACAUCUGUCAAAAGCAUCACUAAGGAAUUUGGCUUAGAGAGCUUUAUUUCUCCUACAUUGCUGAGGAACAUGAGAGAGAAGGACCUAAGAAAAGCCCUCACAGGUCAUAUGAAGAAGAUCCAAUCACUGCUGGAGCCUCGCCAGAAAGUAAUCUCUGUAUCUCAGGCCAGGUUGGCUUAUUUAACUCAGAUGGCAGAGCUGAUUUCAUACAGUGGAAGAAGCUACAAUGCCACCAUGCUGCUGCAGGACCGGGAGUCAUUGGUGAGUUUGUUGGUGGGAGCCCGGUAUGGUGUUAGUCAGAUCCUAAACCACAAGCUCAACAUGAUCUCCACCAUCAUAGACUUCCAUUACAUCACCCGCGUGGAGGUGCUCUCAGAGUCUGACAGAGUCAGCAUGGUAAAGAUCUACCUGCAUGACAUCCAGCCCCUGGCCUUGCUAAUGGAUUCAGUAGCUGCUAAGGACUUGGCCUGUCUGCUGGCUGGCUACUGCAGAUUGUUGGUGGACCCCAACAUGAAUGUGUUCCGCUGGGGUCCUCGCCCUAAAAUACGUCGAAUACCUUUGGACGAAGGCUAUGGAUUCCGCUGUGGCAGUGAUUCAGAGGAGAGCUCAGAGGAGGAUUACUCCAUGGACAACCUCCUGGACAUGCAACACUCUGAAGACACAGUAUCAAUUCACACAAACGAUGGGAGAGAAGAUGAGAAGGUUGAAGAGAUUAAGCAAGAGGCCAGCUCAGAGACAGUAAGAGUAUAUGUGACCCAUGCAGAAGAAGAAAAUAAAGCAGUGGAAGGUGGUCUAGAUGGAACAAGUACAAGUGGUUCUGUUGAAGAUGAGGACUAUGCAGCAAGAGUAGAUGCACUUCUGGAGACGGGGUGGUACACUGAUCCAAGGGUUAAUAGCAGCUUCUCUAGUCUGUCCAGUAACUCCCUCAAUGCGCUGGAGGAGAGCAGCAGGGCAUCCGCUACAGGGCCUGGUCAUGUGGACAGUUUUCUGGAGGAGAUACCCAAAUCAGAUCAGGCGACUGGGACUAGCCUGGAUGUGCACCAUCCAUACCUACUAGAGGUGCCCGAAAAGCGAAAUCAGAAGGAGGAUUUAGAAAGCCCAAUGCGACCUUCUGACCUUCCCUAUAGUAGACAUCCGGGCUUGCUCUCCCAAAUGGCUGACUACCUCCCCAGCCCACCUGAAGCCAGUGAUGAUGCACUUAGUGAUGAGGAUGAGGAGGUUAGAGAUGAAAAUGGAAACGAUAGACUCAUUUUAGGCAUGUCUGCAGACCUAGAAGCUGUUUUGGCAUCAGGUAGUAGCAACAGCAUAAAAGCUACUGGCGUCAAUGUUCAAGCACUCUUAACAAGAAUACGUAGCCAUCCAACAUGUAAGCUAGAAUGGAAAAAUCCUGGCCGUAUGCAUAGGGAGGGACUAAAAUCAAAGGGACCAUUGGCCAGAGUAAAACCACCACCUCCUCCUCCACCUCCAAGGACAGUGUCUGUAAGGAUCCCUGAAACCUCAAAGGACCUCAGAGACAGUGCUACAGAAUCAGAAGAUGAAUUUUUUGAUGCCCAGGAUCGUCUUACACCACCUAUCUUGGAACAUGCUGCAGAGAAAAACACAAAUGUGAGUAGCAAGGAGCAUGGUCUGGGAGUGAAUGAUAUCAAGAUCAGUGUCGAGGAGACAGCAGGACAUGGAGACAUGCAGAACACAGAUGAGAAAAAACACACUACUUUACCCAGUAGAAACAACCGAAAUACAAAUCCUUCCCUCCUUAAUCAUCUCACUCCUGAGGCAACUGUUCUUGAUAACCAAGAGUUUGAGGUUCAUCAGCCUUCACUGACUCUGCUUUCUCAGCGAACCCUGCUUGAAUCUAAGCCUGUUGUGGAUGAUCACAUCUCAGAGCAGGGGCAACAGUGUAAUGGAGAUAUUCCAGGCCGCAAUGCGCACCUGUCUUCUGAGCUUUUAGAGAUGGAGCCUGACACUAUGGAGUUUAAGCCUGUUACUACAGCUGGACCACCACUGUCUUCCCCCUUAAUCAAGGCAGUGCGGCAAGCUAAAUCUCAGCCACCAGCCUCAAUGGAUCCUCUACUUUUGAAUGGAUCGAAACAGCAAAAUCAAAUUUCCAAUCUUGCCCCAGUCUUUUGUCAACAUAUUAAAACUCCUGAUACCCAAAGAGUCAUAAUACCAACAGAGACUCCAGAGGAUACAAAAGAUAAAACAGAAAACCAAUCACUGCCUUUUCCCCAAACCAAGACAGAAGAGAAUAAGUUAUCAUCUGUUUCUGCCAAACCUCCUGUACCUCCAAAACCCACAUCUAUUGUUUCUCAACAAACAUCAAUUUCAAAUAUUGCACCUGCUCUAAAAACAGAAGGCAAAAACCAAGUACCUCCGAAUGGCCUCUCCUUGCACCCCUGGUCCCAGCGUAAUGGGGCCGUCUCAGCCCCUGUUCUAAGUAAGGGUGUUUCUCUGAGCCAUGAGAAUCUUAGAAGUGAAAUAAAGACUGAAAACCCAACUGUCAAGGGGACCAGUGCAUCAACUACUCCAACCCCUACUUCCACCCCAGCUCCAUCUCCAUCUGUGGCCAUCAGAGGGUCAAUAAGCAUGGAUCCCAAAGAUCCGUUUGGGAUUGGGAUGAGCUUCCCUAACAGGACUUCUUCUGGACGCCUGUCUGCUUCAGCACUACGUGGGAAGAUCCAAGACAUGCCUUGGUAUCUUACCCGAUCCCAGGAAAUUUUGGGUACGAUAGCACUCAGCGGAGAUAUAUCAGCAGACACUAAGGCAUCAAAGGAUGGAGGUGAGCACAAGGAACCUAAGAAGGAAUCACCAAAAGCUACUUCAGUACCUUCUUUGAAUGACUGGAAAGAGAAAGAUGCUGAAGUUGUUGUUGUAAAACUUAAAGACGUGCCGCAAGAAGCGACCUCACUUGUAAAAGAGACCAGUGGGAAUACUCCAUUGUCUGGUCAUUCAGAAUGGCAGAAUAGGUUGCAUGACUCUGUUGAAUUGUUGUCACACUUGGGAACAUGCAAUUCUGAACAACCCCAGUCCCAAAACAACAAUGGUAAAAAGGAUACUCUGGAAAGGCCCUCUCCUCCAUCAAGCACCAGCACAACCCAUCGAGAAGCAUGCGGCUGCCAUACUGUUUAUGCCAACUGUUUCAGUGGAGAUACAGAUGACGUAUGUGGCUUUGAUGAUGACCUGACAGUGUACGAGUUUUCCCGUCAGAAACGGAGCAUCAAGCCACCCCAGACUUCCACUGCACCUGCCUCUCUCUGCCCCCCUACACCAAACAUCCUGUCCCUGCUCAGAGAUUCACCUCAUCCCCUCUCGACCUCCUCAGAACUCAGUCCCCUCCUUACCCCACCCCGGCCACUUGAACCUCGACCCCUGGGCCGUGGCCCAUUGGAGAAUCCACUGCGGGACCUCCAGGGAAGACGGUACCUAACAGGCCCAAAAGGUACAGGGCUUAAAGGGGGAUACGUUUCGCUGCAUAAAGACAUAGAUGAGCUUCUGCUGGUUCUUAAGAAUGGAGAGACUGCAAUAAAUCCUUCAUGCCACAAGGGGCACUGUGAAAAGGGCAUGAAUGGGCACUCCUUUUCAGAAACAGAGCGCUGCCUGGUGCAGGCUGAGGCACGGAGGCUGGCGUCAGGAUGCCAGCGUGCAACACGUGUUGGCUGGGCCCCGGACGAUGCCCUCCUCUCUCUAGGCAACAGCUUCGGAGCUCUGGUGCAUCUGUCAGCAGCUUGCCUCAGAGUUUCCUGCUCAGACUGUGGAGGUUGCCAUGGCGAUAUUGAUGGAGCCGAGGCCCUGAGGAAGCUUCAAGAAAUUGUGUGUCUGUACAAGGAGUUUGUGACAGCAGUGGAAACAGCACAAGAGGCAGAGGGCGUCAGGCUGUUGGCCAGACAGUGCACGGUUCUAAUCUCCACAGUCUUUUCUCUUACACAGCUCUUCAGAACGCAUACGCCAGACACAGACAAUAGACACUUACCCUUGAACUUUUGAACUUUGAUGAACUAAAACUGAACAAAGAACUCAAAAAGGGAAUGGUGUUCCCUCUCUUUGCAUUUAAAGACUAUGAAUGUGUGCUGGCACACAUGAAAGGAACGCAAGUGCCGUAAACCACAGACACAUACACACUACACACAAGCAAAUAAGUCUACCCAAAAGUUAAACUUUGUUCCUCUAAUAGUGUUGGUCUUGCCAAGUCUCCUUAUGAACUUACAUGGGUUAUGCAUUUAUUGAUAUAUAUACAGUAGCUAUUUUCUAACAAUUCCUUAUGUCUUCAAGUAUGUACGGUAUGUAUUUGAGGACUUAUUUAUUUUUACAUACUAUGUGUGUGCACCGUGGAUUCUAACCUAUAUCUAUGUUUUUGUUUUGGUCUAUGUAAAUUCCUACCUCUCUGUCCAGUAACCAUGGAAACCUGAAAGAAAUGGACAGUAUUAGGAUGUCCCGUUUGUUUUUAUUUUUGUUUUGUUGUGCUGCUCUUCAGUGGUUUAGGCGUGGUACUUGAUUAGAAGGACAAAGCUAAGCCAACGCUCCUCUUACCCUUCCUUCUGACCGUAUGUACAAAUAAUAGAUGCUAGGAAAGAUAAAGAAAACACUCAGUAACUCAAGAAUAGUGCGCAGUAAUUUCAGUUAGUUAUCCAAAGUAUUUUUCUUUGUUUUUAUGUGAAAGAUGGACAAAAAAUGGAAUAUAACAGUGGCUGGGUGGCAAUAGAAAUGUGAUGGUUUGGAAUUUUCUAUCUGUAUGUCGGUGUGAACAUUUGAUGUUAGUUUUUAUAUUAGCCAGUUAGUUGACUGUUAAUAGUAGCGAUUCGUUUUAUCCAAAGACAUUAUAGCACAAAAGGUGCUUUUUUUCAUAAUGAAGUCAUCACCGUUCACGGAUAACACUCUGACUAAUUGAAUAACACUAGUUUAACUACGGUAUUUUCACUUGUGUUUAUUUUAUUACUAUGCAAGUGUCACCGCUGAAGUUUUCCACAUAUCAUUCUUUCCUAUGUUGGGUAUUUUAUAUAUCAGAUCAAAACUGUUUGAAACUGUUCUUGAUCACUAAUAUUAAUUUAGUUUUGAUAAGAGGGCUUCCCGAAGAAACCUAAGCCUUAUUCUUGAUCUGGAAGGGUUUUAAAAAAUAUCCUGGGUCAAGGCCAAAUUUCAGUUAUUAUGCAAUUGCAACAUGGAUCCCAGUUUGCCUUCUGCUGAUUAGAGGCAAAAAAAUAUUGCCAAGGAUGUUCUUUCACUUCUGCUACCAUUUCGAUAGUGUUAGACAACCCUAAAUUCAAUCAGUACUUUAUAGCAUAGGUAGCAUUCAGCAUUUCAGCAAUUCAAGUUGAUACCAGAUCUACAGUGCUUUGCACAAGUACAAAUCCACCCUUUGUUUAUUUAAUUUCCAGUUUAAAUGGAAGUCAAAAGUUAUUCAUUUUAAGGAGCUAUUCCAGAUAAUCCAAUAUAAUGAAGGGGAAAGUCAAAGGAAAAUAACACAGGAGUUUCCAAAACUACAGUUAAAAAUAAUUAAAAAGCAUCAAUAAAAAGAAACUCCUAACAACAGUGCAGGAUCUGGUAGUCCACCAAAAUUGUGACCAUGAGAUAAAUAUUCCUUAAAGCUUUCAUAUUUGAGAGAGAGGAGAAAAUAUAGCUCAACUCUUGCUUUAGGUUUGAAAAAAAUCCACAGGUGUUUCUGUCCAUCCUUCCACUGUGAGAAGACAAGUCAGCACUAUGAGUCUGAAAGGAUGUGUAGCUGUCAAGAAGCCCUUACUGAGAAAAUGAAAUAGACAAAAAAGUGUAAAGUCUGCAAAACGAAACAAAGAAACUGCUGAUGUUCUCAGACCAAUUAACUGACCACCCGAGAGAUAAUGUGUUUGGGAUUUGUUGCAUCACAAGAAGCAUAAAAUGCAACCAACUCCUAAGACUGAACUUUGGAGGUGUGGAAAAAUAUCCCUGCAGAUUUUUGUAAAAAACAAAAAGCAAAUGUCUAGAAAAAAAACUGUAGCUGUGAUAAAGGCUAAAUGUGGACACUGAAAACUUUUAUAAAUAUUAAAUUUAGUUGUUGAGGCUGCUUUUCUUCCUGAUGGCAAAAAACAAGUAAUUUAUACUUAAUGGACCUUAUGAGCUGAAACUGACUAAAGGAAGGGUGGUCUCAGACGUGCGCAGUACUGCAUAUUGGGCAAUGCUUGAGAUUUGGAUCUGUUAGAGGGCCUGGCUCUAGAUCAGUGCAAAGAGGCUCUUGAGAGCUCUGAAUGAUGAUGACCAGAUAAUGUGACCUGCUCUUUAAGGCUCAUUGAUCUAAUAUGACAUGAACCAUUUUCAGCACUUAACUGAGUUCACUACAUUAUAGAGGAGCUUCCAGGUGGGAACAGUACUGUGUCACACACACAGCCAAGACAGCAUAUCUAAUAAUAUAGUCAGAUGUCGCAAAGUUGUGCUUGAGGUAACAGGUCAUGAGAACAGAAUGAAGAGAUCUUGAAGAAGCAAGUUUUCUUAUACAUACUCAAUACUGAAUUUGUGGUCAAGUGAUCUGUUGAUGUUUUAUAAUUUUGUAGCACGUCAGCACAAGUUAUGACACUAAUCUCUACACUGUCAGAGAAGUCUUUUAUCCAACUACCUGAAUGAGGUCCUGUAGCUGUGGGCGAUUCUUGGAAUGAGAUGUGUUAUCUUAAUUGUAGCAAAGGAAGAGGAAAUGAAAAUGUGAAAAUGCUUCUAUUCUGACUGCACAAAAAGCCAGACUAGGCAAGCGAGAAAUUGACUGAAGUGUAAAGUAAGAAAAAAAAAAAUGAAGGGACAAUCCUGUCAUUUUGCAUUCCUUCAACGAUUAAAGGAUGGAUUUGAAUGGAA